CGACAGUUUGCGGAGAGAAAACCGAGCCGGUUCGGAGUUUCCCGAGUUUUCAGCGCGCGGGUCGGUGUUAUGACUGAAAGCCCUCACCAUGAUGGAAUCGUGCUUCAACGAUAAGGUGGCCAGGACUGAAUCGAUCAUUGUGGAGGACCUGAGGAGAGAUCUAAACUCAGAUCUGACAGAAAUAGCAGAUGCCCAGGACUCUAGCGGCUCAGAGAGAGAGCUUCUGCAGGUGUACCUACGGAUACGACCGUUCUCACAGGCUGAACUCGAUAAUGGAGAAUCACAGGACUGUGUCACCAUCCAGCCUCCCGAUACGGUGCUUCUUAAGGCACCAAGGACGUCUCUCUCUGCCAGGCUGAGCGAUAAGUCGGUCCCCCAAACCGCACAGCGCUUUCAGUUCUCUCAGGUUUUUGGGCCUGAUACCUCACAGAAAGACAUAUUUGAUGGCACGGUGAAAAGUCUCGUUAGAGAUGUGCUGGAAGGAAGAAAUUCAUUGGUCUUCACUUAUGGAGUCACAAAUGCAGGAAAGACCUUCACUUUUUUAGGGCCAGAGACUGACAUGGGCAUCCUGCCACGCUCCCUGAACAUGAUCUUUAGCAAUCUGGAGGGUCGAAUCUUCACACAGAUGAGCCUGAAGCCUCAGAGGUGCCAGGACGUCCUCAAGCUCACCAAGGAGCAGCAGGUCGAGGAGGCCAUCAGCAAACGCAACCUCUUCAGACUCCUCAAGGAGAAUGAUGCUCAGAAAAGUAUGACUAGCCUGUUGACUUCCAAGACACUUGAAGAGUUGGCUGAAUUGGAUGGGUCAUUGAGUGAGAGGAGCCUUAGCUUGGACAUGGACCUCCACACCAAGUUCUCCGUGUGGGUGUCCUUCUGUGAGAUCUACAAUGAGAACAUACACGAUUUACUCGAGCAGCCGCCCAGCAAUGCAACACGGAGGACCAACCUGCGUCUCUGCCAGGACAUCAAAGGAAACUCCUUCAUCAAAGAUCUGCGCUGGGUGCAGGUGAACAGUGCUGAUGAGGCGUUUAAAGUGAUGAAGCUGGGCAAAAAGAACCAGAGCAUCUCCUCCACCAAGCUCAACCAGCUGUCCAGCAGGAGCCACAGUAUCUUUUCUGUGCGGAUUCUGCGGAUUGAAGAUGUGGGCAUACCCAGAGUGCACUCUGUCAGCGAGCUGUCCUUGUGUGAUCUGGCAGGAUCCGAGAGAUGCGGCAAAACGCAGAAUAAAGGAGAACGCCUAAAAGAGGCAGGAAACAUCAACACGUCUCUACUCAGCCUGGGCAAAUGCAUUAAUGCUCUGAAAGGCAGUCAGCAGGCCAGGCACCACGUUCCGUUCCGAGAGAGCAAGCUCACACACUACCUGCAGGGCUACUUCACUGGCCGAGGAAGGGCUGGCAUGAUUGUCAACAUCAACCAGUGCGCCUCCAUGUAUGACGAGACCCUCAAUGUGCUCAAGUUCUCUGCUGUGGCACAGAAGGUGGUGGUCCUUACCACUGCCACCGUCCUCCCAUUGGUGGUGAAGAGGAGUGCACGGGAGGUGUCCUUCAUCAUCAAUAAGGCAGCACAGCGGGGGUCGCGGCGUACUUCUCUACUGCGCUGGGAGCGCAGUCUGGAGGACGUCAAGGAGGACGCAGACUCCGAGGAGGACGAGGAGGAGGAAGAGGAGAGCAUCAUGGAGGACACCCUGCAAGACUCUGAUGAUGAGGGGAAAGAGACAGUGCUACUGGAUAAAGAGUCGUAUGAGAAUCAGCUGAUGUUGCUGGAGGAUCUUCAGGAACAGCUGAGGACGUGGAAAGCAGAAAACGCGGCUCUGGAGUCUCGUGUACGUGAGGAAGUCACGAAAGAGUUCUCGGAGCUGUUUACCCAAAUGCAGACAGAUUACAAUGAUCGCAUUUCCAAAGAGAGGGAGCUUGUCGAGGAGAGGUGUGAGCGACGGUUGGAAAUUUUCAAAAGUUUGGUGGGAAAAUCUGCUCAAGACACUAAUUGUGAUGGUGGUGAAGAGGCCAAAAAGCAGGAGAGCGAGCCUCCAUCUCUGGAUGGGAUGCUUGAUUCCAUGUGCUGCGACCUAGCAGGGAUCAGGCAGGAUGCUGAGGCGGCUCAGUCCUGUCUGGUGACCUCUGACUCUCAGCUCUCUGCAGCCCAAAGCAUUCUGGAGAAAAAGGUCAUAAAACUGACAGAGCAGCUCAGUGAAACGCAGAAACAGCUGAUGCUCAAAUCUCAAGAAUUGGACGCUCAGAGCAACUUGUCAAAGGAGUUGGAGGAAAUGAAAAAGACCCUGGAGAGUCGUGAGCAAAGGUUAACCGAUCUGAUGGUAAUGUGCGUGGAGAAGGAUGACCUGAAUGCCAAGAUCCAAGCAGAACUGGACCAGGCUGUAGAGGACGCUGGCAAAAAUCAUGCUACAAUCAAGGAACUUCUGCAGCUUAAGCGUAACUGCACAUGCUCAGAAAGCAGAACGAAGAUGGAAACGCGGAAGCGGCGACAAGAAGAGGGGUUGCAGGAGCUUCACGGACAGCCCCCUCUAAAGAAAGGGUCCCUGGAUGACUCUUCUCUCCCUGAAGACCUCAGUAAUGACUCUUUGUCUGAGGUCAGAGGUCAGCUUAAGUGUUGCCAGCUGGAGUCCCGUCAGAAAGAUGAGCAGAUCGCUGAUCUGGAGCGGGAACGCCAAACUCUGGAAUUUUGUAUCCGGGAACUAAAAUCCCAACUAGAAGAAGAGAAGCAAUCCCGUAGUGACACUCUACAAGAGAGAGAGCGCCUGGCUGCUGAGCUUAGUGCCCUUCAGAAGACCAUGGAGGAACAGCAGCAGAAGCUUCUCGCCAUGGAGAACCAACUUAGUGCUGCAGAGACAAACUGUAGCAACUUAAAGGCCUCUUUGGAGACCAACUGUGGAGCCAGAACAGCAGGUUCAGUUGGGGAAGAGGAGCUGAAUGCCGUCAAAUGCCGACUGGAAGAGCAGGACCAUGAAAUCAAGCAGAAGAUCGCCCUUAUUGGGAGCCUAGAGCAAGAAUUGGCCCAGCUGAAAGAGGAAACGGAAAGGUUCAGGGACUUUUCCUCGUGUCAGGAAUGCUCCAAGUUACGGCAGGAGAGCGACAGCAAAGAAGAGGCAGUAAAAGCUCUGGAGCAACAGCUGGCCGAGCACAAAGCUUCUCAUGACGAUCUCCAAAGAGUGAACUUGGACCUCCAGGCUGAGGUUGCAUCCAUGAAUGACCUUGUCACAGAACUGAAGGGUCAGGUCAGGACUGGCCAGGUGCAACAAGAAAAGGAGGAGGAUGAGAAAGCAAGAGAGAUGGCGGAGAAAGAAACUGCGCUUCUAGCUAAAGAGGGAGCGCUGAAACAGAAAGAGGCAGAGCUUUCUCAGAGGGAGGCGGAGCUGAUUGGCAAAGAACAGCUAAAGGAACCUGAAUCCAACACAGAGAAGACUGACACCAGGCUGGCCAGUAAGGAGGCGGAACGCCGGGAGAAGGAGGCGCAGCUCUCUGCCCUGCAAAAGAGCCUGAAGGAAGCGCAGGAACGGCUGGAGGAGGAGGAGACACAGGCUGUACAGGAGGCACGCAGGAGGGAGGCGGAGAGGAGACGGGAGCUGCUAGCUGUUGCUGAAGAGGCUAUUGCUCAGAAAGACGCAGAACUCCUGAAGCGGCAGGAGGAGAUCAACAGGUUGAAGGAGGAGAUGAAGAGCAAUUGCGAAAAAGUGAAAAGUCUGUCUGUGGACUUGCAGAGAAGAGAAGACGACACUGCCGAUCUGAGAGAGAAGCUCGUGGACUCGAAGAAACAGAUCCAGCAGGUGCAGAAGGAGAUUUCUUCCAUGCGUGAUGCAGAGAAAACUCUGAAGCAGAAAUCGAGCGAUCUGGAGAAGGCUAAAACCCAGCUGCAGAACGAGCUCUCGAAUCGUGACCGCACCAUUCAGCAGCUAAAAAAUCGUUCGUCUGAUUCCAAGACAGAAGAAUACGUCCAGCGCUAUGAGAAAACCCUUAAAGACUUGCAGGCACGGGAGCGUGUUAUAGAGGACAUGCGUUUGGCUCUGACGGAGCAGGAGGAGACGCAGACUCAGCUGGACCUGGAGCUGGACAAUAGAGAGGCUCAGAUCCAUGAUCUCACCCAGGAGCUGGAGAACCUAAAAGAGAUGAUGCUGAAGCAGAGAAAGAAAGACUCCUUACCCCACAAUGAUACAGCACUCACUGAUGAGCUCGCUCAGGCCAAAAAGGAGGCUGCCCAGGCACAGGAAAGCUUGAAUUUGGCUGCUGAGAAGCAUCAGGCUGAGCGUAAGAAAUGGCUGGAGGAGAAGCUGGUCCUGAUUGCUCACGCGAAAGAGGCGGAGGAGAGGAGGAACCAGGACAUGAGACGAUACGCUGAUGACAGAGAGCGUCACACUCGCCAGCACACUGAGAUGGAGUCACUGACUGCAAGGCUCGCCGAACGCGAGGAGGAGAUGGAGAGAUGGAGGAAAGAGAGAGACUCGCUCGUUUCUGCUUUGGAGGUUCAGCUAAAGAAACUCAUCUCCUCACUUGCAGAGAAAGACAAGAAGAUCGAGGAACUGCAGCGUAGUGACCACUCCCAGACACCAGAGGGGGCUGAUGAGGGCAGAGCUGAGGAGCUGCAGGCUCUGCUGAAUGAGAAAGAGGCUGAGAUCCACAGACUGAACGAGCAGCUCAGCAAACUGGUGCACACGCACGGCACCAGAGAGACUGAAGCCAGCGUACGCAGAGACUCUUCCACACAGACAAUGGAUGACUUGGAAAUGGGGCGGCCUCUGGACAGCAGCACUCUUAAACUCAAAAGAAAAACUAGAGGAUCUGUCACCAGCCAGGGUUCCUGUGGCAGCUAUCCGUCUGUGCUCGACUCGUCUGAGGUUUCCACGGAGAUGGGCCGACGUUCUCGGUUCCCGAGGCCUGAGGUAGAGAUCGCCUUCAGCUCGCUGCAGCCAGACCGCUUCGCCCUCAAGCGGCAUGGCGACGAGUCCGCCGUCACCGUUAAAAUUUCCCGCACAGCUCGCAAGAGAAAGAGCGGCGAGAUGGAGAAGAAAAGAGGCAGCAGCAGAAACAGCAAGACCAAACCCAACCCAGCACCACAGGCCAGUUCUCAGGAUGGAGUGGAGAUGGAGAACAGGAGGAAUUUGAGGUGCAAGAAUACACCCAGGCUACCUGCACACCAGGAGGAGGAGGUGUCCCCUGCGCUGGUCGCAAAAAAUUCUCAUGACUCCCCGUCCAGCCUGCGGGGGAAGAAGGAGGGGACGCUGCAGAAAAUCGGAGGCUUCCUGCACAGCUCACCCACCUUUCUGGGCAGCAAAGCUAAGAAGAUCAUGGGCUUGAUGAGUGGGAAAUCCCCAGACGAGGGUGGCUCCUUGAGUCUUAAACGCCACAAAAGGAAACUCUACAGGCCCAAUAUCUCCUCUCCUAUGGACAUACCAGCUCACCAGAUCAUUAGUCAAGAUGCAGAGGAGAAAGAGAGCGACCAUCUCAUCAUUAAGAAGCGACUACGGACCAGAACUCCGAAGUAAUAGGAUCUGGUGUGGAACGGGAAUGUCAUACAAUGUAUAUCACUAUAAGCUUUUUUUCCUUUAAAAUGAAGCAUUCCAUCCUUUUUUAAUCAGUUGCACUUUUUAUCUUUUUUUGCACACAUUUAUCCUUAUUUUAGUUCAUGCUGUAUUAAAUGUUAUCCAGUGUAACCGUCCAGUAAUGUAAAAUACUGUUAGAACUUUGUUGUAGAUCACAAAUUAGACACUUUUUCUUAAGUUAUAAUGAGGUAGAUUUUUUGCUGCUAAAAUUGCAGAAUGGGAUUCAGCUGUAUGGAUCAACAUCAACACUACUUCAUGCUGUGUUUACUACUGUAUCUCAAGCAGCCCACCGUAUGAAUAUGCUGUCAAGCAAAUAAAUGUAAAAUAGC